AUGCAAUUAUCCGAAGUUCCUGAAGCUACUAAUGUAGUAAGAGAAUUCUAUGUUUAAUACAGACUACAUGUUUAAUAUCUUCUCUUGACAUGCAUUCUUUUUGCAUUAGCUCCACAAGAUGAUUCAUAAACUCCAAAAUUUGUAUCAAUUAAUCUUGUUCCAAUAAUUGAAGAAUAAUUAGAAAAACUAACACAAUCAGAAUUAUCUAAGAAACUUUUUCCUUACAAUUUUGUUGCACUAGCAUUUGAAUUUGUAAAUUUUGAGCACUUCGCCUUAAUCUACUAAGAUCGAGUGCCAUCUGAUAAAUAUGAGCAUAUUAGAUUAUAUGCCUAACACUUGGCAUGA